AUGAAGCAUCUUACUGCCUCUGAGGUUCGUUCGACAUUCAUCAACUUCUUCAAAGAGAAGAAAGAACACACCUACGUUCAUUCAUCAUCUGUUAUUCCACACGAUGACCCAACUCUUCUUUUCGCUAAUGCUGGAAUGAAUCAAUUCAAACCUCUUUUCCUCGGAAUUGCUGAUCCAAACAGUGAUUUGGCUAAACUCAAGAGAGCUGUGAACACUCAAAAAUGUAUCCGUGCCGGAGGUAAGCACAACGACUUGGAUGAUGUUGGUAAGGAUGUCUACCAUCACACCUACUUCGAAAUGCUUGGUAAUUGGUCAUUCGGUGACUAUUUCAAGAAAGAAAUCAUCACUUGGGCCUGGGAACUCCUCACUACCGUUUAUGGAAUUCCAUCUGAAAGACUAUAUGUUUCCGUUUUUGGCGGUGAUGAGGCAACUGGUGUUCCAGCUGAUUCCGAAGCUCGAGAAAUCUGGAGGUCCGUCGGAGUUCCAGACGAACGAAUCUUGAACUUCGGAAUGAAAGACAAUUUCUGGGAGAUGGGAGACGUUGGACCAUGCGGGCCAUGUUCUGAAAUUCACUAUGACCGUAUCGGAAACCGAGAUGCUUCCCAUUUGGUCAAUGCUGAUGAUCCGAUGGUUGUUGAAAUCUGGAAUCUCGUUUUUAUUCAAUUCAAUCGUGAAGAAGGAGGAUCCCUGAAGCCAUUGCCAGCUAAACACAUUGAUUGUGGACUUGGACUCGAGCGUUUGAUUGCUGUUAUGCAGGACAAGACCAGUAACUACGAUACCGAUAUUUUCCAACCAAUCUUUCAAGCAAUCAACAAAGGAAGCGGUGUUCGCGCUUACACAGGACACAUCGGAGAUGAUGAUAAAGAUGGAAUCGAUAUGGCUUAUCGUGUAGUUGCUGAUCACAUCAGAACUCUCACAAUCGCUCUUUCUGAUGGAGGACGUCCAGAUAAUUCCGGAAGAGGAUAUGUUCUCCGCCGUAUUCUUCGUCGUGGAGUUCGUUACGCCACAGAAAAAUUGAAUGCACAACCAGGGUUCUUCGCUUCUCUCGUUCCCGUCGUCAUCUCAAUUCUCGGCGAAACAUUCCCAGAACUCAGUCGUGAUCCAGAAACUGUUAUGGAUAUCAUCAACGACGAGGAGAAGCAGUUCUUGAAAACACUUUCUCGUGGACGUGUUCUUUUCCAAAGGGCUGUCGACUCCCUCCCAGCAGGAACAAAAACUUUCCCAGGAGAUGUUGCAUGGAGACUGUAUGACACUUAUGGAUUCCCAGCUGAUUUGACCCAAUUAAUGGCCGAAGAAAAAGGAUUGUCCGUUGAUCUUACUGCAUUCGAAGAGGCUCGGAAGAAGGCUAUCGAAACUUCUUCAGCUGGAACCGGAAAGUUCCGCGAUACUCUUGAUUUGGAUGUUCAUGCCUUGGCCGAUUUACAGCAGAAGGGAGUUCCUACCACUGAUGAUACACCAAAAUACGCCUACUCAUUCACAGGAGAAGGGGCUGAUGCAGUCUACAAAUUUGAACCAUGCGUUGGAAAGAUUCUUGCUAUUCGCCGUGAUGGAAAGUUCGUUGACGAGCUUGUUGCUGGAGAAGAAGGUGCUAUUCUUCUUGAUCGUACAAACUUCUAUGCUGAACAAGGAGGUCAAAUUUAUGACGUCGGAGUUCUGACGAAAGUAAACGAUGAAUCAAAUGAAUUCAAUGUUAGCAACUGUCAAGUUCGUGGAGGAUAUAUCGUUCUAGUUGGAUCUUCUGAGGGAAAUUUCAAAAUUGGAGACGAUGUUAAUCAAAGAUUUGAUGAGGAUCGUAAGCAGUUGAUUAUGAAAAACCAUACCGGAACACACGUACUCAAUUAUGCUCUUCGAAAGGUCCUUGCUGAUUCUGAUCAAAAAGGAUCUCUUGUUGCCCCAGAUCGCAUGAGAUUCGAUUUCACCAACAAGGCCGCCAUGACAUCAGAGCAGGUCAAACAAGCUGAAGAGUAUGCUCAACAAUUGAUUAAUACCAAAGGACAAGUUUACGCUAAGAACUCCCCACUUGCUGAUGCUAAAAAAAUCAACGGACUUCGUGCAAUGUUCGAUGAGACUUAUCCGGACCCAGUUCGAGUUGUUGCAGUUGGAACUUCAGUUGAACAACUUCUCCAGAAUCCUGAUGCUCCAGAAGGACAAAAUACCACUGUCGAAUUCUGUGGAGGAACCCAUCUUCAAAAUGUGUCCCAUAUUGGCCGCAUCGUUAUCUCGUCGGAGGAAGCCAUUGCCAAAGGAAUUCGGCGCAUUGUUGCAUUGACCGGACCGGAAGCCGAUAGAGCCAUCGCUAGAGCUGAUCGCCUGGAGGCUCGCCUAGUGGAAGAGUCAAAACACGCCAAGAACCAGGAGCUUUUGGCCAACAAGGACAAAUUCAAGGAGCUUCAGAAGAAGAUUCAAGAAAUUGUCGAUGAAGCCAACGGGGCCCUGCUUCCAUCCUGGCGGAAAGAUUCUCUUCGUAAGAAGGCCAAAGAUGUCCAGAAGGACAUGGAUGGUUACUCAAAAGCCCAACAGGCUGCUGUCGCCGAGAAGGUUCUUGGAGAAGCCAAAGAACUUGCUGCUGCUUCAGAGCAACCAGCUGUGCUCGUUCAUGUGUUCACAUCGAAUGCAAACAGUAAAGCCAUUGACAAUGCCCUGAAACUUCUCAAGGACACCAAAGCUGUUAUGGCAUUUUCAGUUAAUGAAGACACCGGAAAAGUUCUUUGCCUCGCUAAAGUUGAUAAGUCAUUAGUGAGCAGUUUGAAAGCCAACGAAUGGGUCAAUGAAGUUUGUACUGUUCUCGGUGGAAAAGGUGGUGGAAAGGACGCAAAUGCUCAACUGACCGGAGAAAACGUCGAUAAAUUAGAUGCUGCUGUCGAAUUGGCUCAGAAGUUCGCUCUCGCUGCAAUCAAUUAA